AGGCAGCAAACCCACAGCAGCAGCCUCUGAGGCCGGGGGACAAGAAGCAACAUGCAUAAUCCUGCAGAAACCCUAGCUGGACUCAUUGCUGAGAACCUUCUCAAAGCCAAAGAAAUAGCCCUCACUGACUCUCGUGUUCCUGAACAGCUCAAGAAUUACUUACAAAAAGCUCUUGAUGUUGCUCUUGGACUAGACCCUUACCUGGAUGCAAUGGCAACUUCAAAGAGAAAAACUUCACCUGACCACGGCCCAGGGGACACUGGAGGAACUGAAACCAGAGCUAGGCUGCAGGAAGAACGCGCCUCUGGCUCUUUGAACGGCCAAAUUUUUAGGAUGUUUGUUCAUAUGAUCAGAGCCAGGAAGAUUUUAUUAAUUGGCAAGCUUAAAGGUUACAGUAUCCUUGCUAUCGCAGAAGAAUUGCCAGAUGAUGGCAAAAUCUUUGCAUGUGCAGAAGCGCCGUAUCUCGGAGUGAACAGCCAAGAAGCGUUUGAUUAUUCUUCAGAUGGUAAAAAGAUAAGCAUGCGAGUGGGACCAAUAGCAGACACUUUGGAGGCAUUACAUGCUGAGGACGAGCACUUUGAUAUAGUCUUUAUUGAUGCUGAUCAAAGGAAUGCUGUUAACUACUACAGCUUUGUCAUGGAUAACCACUUGCUGAGAAUGGAUGCAGUGAUCUGUGUAGAGAAUACACUCAUGAAAGGACAAGUCUACCUGGAGAACAUAUCUGAUGAAAAUGUACUAGCUGUCAGAAAAAUAAAUACAGUGAUUAAUUCAGAUCCUCGUGUUGAGCAGAUAAUUUUACCUGUGCAGAGUGGACUGAGCAUCAUUCGAAGGAGCCCUGCACCUCCAGAUGCAGUGAUUGAAUCCAAGAAAGAAGUGGUGAGGGAUGACGUCUUCUGGGGUUACAACAGGCGCCACAUCCUUGACCGGCUGCGUUUGGAUAGCAAGGUGGCCUAUGUCACAGGUGGAGGGCAGGGAAUUGGAAGAGCCUUUGCUCACGCGUUGGGGGAAGCCGGUGCUAAAGUAGCCGUUGUGGAUCUGGUCCUUGCAAAGGCAGAAGCAGUGGUGUGUGAGCUCAGCCUCAAAGGGAUUAAAAGCAUUGCCCUCGCAGCAGAUGUAAGCAAACCCGAGGAUGUGCAAAGGAUGGUGGAUACAAUCGUAGCUCGCUGGGGCACAGUUCAUAUUGCAUGCAACAAUGCGGGAGUCAAUAUGAACUCUGCAAGCGAAGAUACUUCCCUAGAAGAAUGGGACAAAACUUUUAAUGUUAAUUUACGAGGAUUAUUUUUGUGCUGCCAAGCUGCAGGCCGCAUUAUGCUGAAUCAAGGAUAUGGGAAGAUAAUUAACACAGCAUCUAUGGCAAGUUUAAUAGUCCCACACCCGCAGAAGCAGUUGGCGUACAACGCCUCGAAAGCCGGGGUCGUAAAAUUAACACAGACAUUAGGAACCGAGUGGAUUGACAGAGGAGUAAAAGUCAACUGCAUUUCCCCGGGCAUCGUCGACACGCCGCUCAUCCGCUCCAAGGAGCUGCGGCCGCUGGUGCGGCGCUGGCUGGCGGACAUCCCCGCUGGGAGGCUGGCUCAGGUGACCGACCUGCAGGCUGCCGUCGUCUAUUUGGCCUCCGAAGCCUCGGAUUAUAUGACGGGCCAUAAUCUGGUCAUCGAGGGAGGCCAGAGCCUGUGGUAAGGGCUGUCCGCCGGCCUCCCCUCCCAGGGGCAUAGGUCACUUUGGAAAGCGCGGAGUAGAGUUUAGCUUAGUCCCAGUUUUGGCC